AUGAAUGAAAGAGACUCAUUGGUUUAUGAGACAAAACAAACUCAUGUUUAUCGUGAAUCAGCAAUUGAGGCAUAUCUGCAAGCAGGCCAACAAUUGCGCUAUGUUUCUCAGGUUAUUGGGGAAUUACAAGCUCUUUUACCGCCAGACAUGUGCAUCAAAUUACCACCUGGCUUACUAAAUGAGAUUCCACCUAUCAACACGCACGAUCAAAUUAUCGAUCAUGAAUCAACUGCUCUUCCUUUGGCCGCUGAUUUCAACGAUCAUCAUCGUAAUAUCGUAGAAUCGCCUCAAUCAACAAAUGGUAAAUCGAAUAAUAAUAGUCAGACAAUUGACAAUGAUCUGAUGAGGGAAAUGUUCAGCGAGGAGGAAGAGGAAGAAGAUGAACUUUAUCCUUCUCCACCAUUACAUCAAUCACCAUCUCCCGUUUCAAGCCCUGAACCAACCCAACCAAUUACUCAACAAUCCACUAAAAAAAGUAGAAAAUCAAAGCAAAAAGAUAAAAUUCAUCAUCAACCCUACAAGAAAAUGACUGUUACUACUGAUCAAUCAAACAACGACAACAACGAUAAUGACAAGGAGAUCGACAAUACUUCGGCCAGGUCAACAACACCGAUUGUCAAACAAAGGAAACAGAAACAUUCUGAAGUCACUACCAAAGUCAAAUAUCAAGCUUUGAAACGAGUUAGAAUCCCACUUAAUAGAAAUGCUCAAUUUGACGCCGAAAUUCCUCCUACUAACUCAGCGACACAAACGUCACCUGAAUCAGCAAACUCGUCAUCACAAACUACCAACAAUGAUUAUACUCCGCAAGCUUCCGAAAUUUCCAUCCCUAACCUCUCUUCUGAAAAUACAACCAGAAAGAGAAGCCCUACAACCCGAGCUAAUAAUUCGGCAAAAAGACAAAAUUCCGGUUCACCAAAAGAAGUUCCAUUAACUAGCGAACAAAACGUAUUGGUGGAUGAAUUUGUUAAAUAUUUGGAACCUCGCCUGGCAAAAGGUGAAAUUUCGCAGAAAGGCAUCGCUAAUGAAAUUCGUGCAAGGUCAGGAAACACUUGCCAAAUUGUGCAGGGAACCAUUUCAAAAAUGGUACGAAGAAUUGCGGUUCCAAAAGAGGAGCAUACUAUCGCAGCUAUUCGUAACUGGAUUGAAAUCGAAAAAGGGAACCGUGGAACCUCUGAAUAG